GAUUUUCCUCAAUCACAUUACUUUCUUUUGUGAAACUGACUUCUAAAGAAAUGAAACAGUUAAAACUUACAAGUUUUGUUAUUUUCUUGUUCUUUUUGACUGAGUCUCUAUCCUUACCCACAAAGCCUCAAGAUGUAGAUGAUGUCAGCAUCACCCAGAAAUUUAUAUUUGAGAAAUUUGGAUAUAUCACUACCAUUACAUUUGCUCAAUAUAUUCAGGAGGCAUCCUUUGAAGAAGUAGAAACGUUGGUAAAAGCCGCGACAGAAUACAAAGAUCAAUGCUUGGCUAACGUGACACUCCCACAUUGUUCAAAAUUAGCCAAUGUUGCUUUGCUGGAUGUGAUAUGUGCUGGGGAGCAGCUACCAGAAAAGCAUAAUUUUUCACACUGCUGCAGUAAGGUUGGCUUCGAAAGAAGACUCUGUUUCUUUCGUAAUAAGAAAGCUAAUGUAGGAUUUCUGCCUCCCCUUCCUUCCCUGGACCCUGAAGAGAAAUGCCAGGCUUAUAAAAACAACAGAGAAUCUUUUCUAAGCAACUAUAUCUAUGAAGUUGCCAGAAGGAACCCUUUCGUUUUCGCCCCUACACUUCUAACCGUCGCUGCUCGUUUUGAGGAGAUGGCUGAAACAUGUUGCGGAGAACAAGACAAAGCCAACUGCUUUCGAACAAAGGCACAGCCUGUCAUACAAUAUUUAAAGGCAUCGUCUUCUUAUCAAAAAACUGUCUGUGGGACAUAUUGGAAAUUUGGACCACAAGUCUUAAAAUCUAUAAACAUUGCUAUACUUAGUCAAAAAUUUCCCAGGAUUGAAUUUAAGGAACUUACCUCUCUCUUAGAAGAUGUUGUUUCCAAUCAUGACGAAUGCUGUGAAGGGGAUACCGUGCAUUGCAUCCGUACCAGGAGCACAGUUAUGAGCCAUAUUUGUUCAAAACAAGAAUCCAUCUCCAGCAAAAUCAAAGAGUGCUGUGACAUGAAAAUACCAGCACGUGGCGAGUGCAUAAUUUCCACAAUUAAAGAUGAUAGACCAAAGGAUUUACCUCUAAGAGAAGCAAAAUUCACUGAAAAUGAAAAUGUGUGUGAAGAACGAAAUGCUGACCAAGACAGCUUCAUGGAUGAGUUUCUUUAUGAAUACUCAAGGAGACAUCCAGAACUGUCUAUACCAGAGCUACUAAGAAUUGCUAGAGUGUAUGAUGAUCUCCUGAAAGAGUGUUGCAAUGCAGAAAAUCCUCCAGCCUGUUACAGGAAUGCGGAAAACAAAUUCAAUGAAACAACUGAGAAAAGCCUUAAGAUGGUACAAAGAGAAUGUGAACAUUUCCAGAAUUUGGGGAAGGAUGACUUGAAAUACCACUACCUUAUCAAACUCACAAAGAUAGCCCCUCAGCUCUCCACUGAAGAACUGACCUUUCUUGGCGAGGAUAUGGUGACAGCUUUGAUCACCUGCUGCACACUGAGUGAAGAGUUUGCCUGCGUUGAUAAUUUGAUGGAUUUAGUUCUUGGAGAAAUGUGUGGAGUAAAUGAAAAUCGAACCAUCAACCCUGCUGUGGACAACUGUUGUAAAACCAGCGUUGCCUUCAGAAGGCCCUGCUUUGAGGGCUUGGGAGCUGAUAAAACAUAUGUACCUCCAUCUGCUGCCUCUCAAGGUUUAUUUACCUUUCACACAGACUUGUGUCAGGCUCAUAAUGAGGAGCUCCAGAGAAAGAAAGACAGAUUUCUUGUCAACUUAGUGAAGCUAAAGCCUGAACUUACUGAUGAGGAGCUGCGGUCGUCACUCACAGAUUAUACUAACAUGGUGGACAAGUGCUGCAAAGCAGAGGGGCCGGAAGCCUGCUUUAAUGAAGAGGGCCCAAAAUUGGCAGCCAAAAGCCAGGCUGCUUGAGGAACAUAAAAUAAAAACUACCAAAGAUUGUGGAGAAAAGAGAGGAAGACCAACUUCCCUGCUUUCAUCUGUCUUGUGGUGAAUUUCAUUUCCUGCGAAGAUCACAGUAAAAAGAUUCUUCUGGAGCCUUUACACAAAAUCAUGUUAUUGCAACAAGCAAUAAACAACAACAUUAUAAAGCUA